AAGUUGGCACGUUCAGAAGUUCCUUCUGAAAGAUAUGGGCCAAAUAAACAGCAACAACCACAGGUCCACCUGUGCUGUGGGCAAAGCCUAGUAAAAACAAGUCUGGUUAGUAUCAGAAGCAGGAACAGAAAACACAACCUAUGAAAAGGUUAAAGCAACUCCUCUCAACUGAGUAGACAGACGGCAUCACAUCCACCAACAUAUCUGUCCCACUAAGCAAGAGUUUAACAGCGAUGAAUGACUCUUCAAAUGAAAGUCAACAUGACUAUGACACUGACUAUGAGGAUGAAGUCUGUGAAAAAGGUGAGGUGGCCAGAUUCACAUCCAUUGUCAUUCCUAUUUUCUUCUCGGUUGUGAUUAUACUGAGCAUCAUCGGAAACGUCCUUGUCCUUGUUAUUCUGGCGUUAUACGAAAACCUCAAGUCUCUCACCAACAUUUUCAUUCUAAACCUGGCCAUCUCUGACCUCGUCUUCACCACCGGCCUUCCCUUCUGGGCAAUUUACCACAUAUGGGGAUGGUUGUUUUCAGAGACUCUCUGCAAAAUCGUGUCUUUUGUCUUCUUCACUGGAUUUUACAGCAGCAUCCUCUUCCUGACCAUCAUGACUGUCUACAGGUAUCUGGCUGUGGUCCAUCCACUCUCUGGACUGAACACACACAACAUCAACAUCGGGAUUUUUUUCUCUUUCCUACUGUGGAUGAUCAGCAUUGGAGCAGCCAUGCCCUCCCUGCUCUAUAGCUCCAUUGUCUCAAUCCCCCUCAAGGGUGAGCACUCCGUGGGCUGUGACUACAAUUCUUCCCUGUGGCAAAAAAUUGGUACCUCUCAACAGAAUAUUUUCUUCUUGGUUGCUUUUGCAGUGAUGGCUUUUUGCUACAUUCGAAUACUGAGGAGAAUCAGGAAAACAAGAUCUCACACAAAAAACAGAGCAGUCAAGUUAGUCUUUUGUAUCGUGGCUGUGUUCUUCCUUGGUUGGGUGCCGUACAAUGUGCUCAUUUUUCUGAGGAAUUUAGCUGACAAUGUGGUUCCACCAUUUGAUAAAUGUGAAAUAAGCAUCCAGAUUGACUAUGCAUACUAUGUGUCCCGCCUUAUUGCUUUCUCCCACUGCUGCCUGAACCCUGUCUUUUAUGCAUUUGUUGGUGUGAAGUUUAGGAGACAUUUGAAGUCAAUGUUGCAUCAAGUGUUCAAUCGUCAAAAUCCAGUCGAAGAACAGCAGGUUAGAUUGCAAACCUUCUCACGUGGAUCAAUGUAUUAAUUGCUGUUUAAGAUUAUAAGUUUCUUGCAUGUAUUGCUGCACUACUGAUUUAAAAAAUCCAGUGUGUAUUAUGUAAAUUUGUAAAUUCAGUUCAAUAUCUUUUUCUGUUUAUUGCUGUGUGUGUGUCUGUGUUAAACCUCUGUUGUAUAGGAUGUGACUCAGAUUGUUUCAUAAAUAUAGUCAAUGACAGGAGGUCACGUUUUUUAAGGGCAUGUAAAUAUAUUAAUAAUUAGUUGCAGUGGCAGAGGAGUCACUGUAACAAGACAGUGCAAAAUUAUUUAGCAUUAAUUUAAAAAAUCCCUCAUCCUCAUGUUUGUGAGGCUGAGUCAUCACUUACUGCUGUACAGGUUUAGGUUCAGGUUAGUGUAGAAUAGAAUUUAAUGGACAAACGUCAAUGAAGUCCCACUCUGUAGAGAGCAAUGUAAACAUAUUUGUAUGCAUUUCUUAUUGUCUCUGUGUAAUAAAAACUAUGCUCA